CCCCGGGUUUAAAAGUUUGAAACGCCGCUAGAGACGGCGCGAACAUCGCGCGCGCGCUUCUCUCGCUGCCCGCGGUCGAGCACGCGCCAAGGCGCAGGCGUCUUCAGAGCCAUGCCGGUGCGCUUCGUAGUCACCCCCACGAAGAUUCACGAAGGCAAGAAGUACGAUGACGAUGACGACGAGGACGAGGAGGAGGAGGAGGAGGUCGAUGCCGCCGCGGAACACCACGCGGGGACAGGUGACGGCGCCCGCUCCGAGACGUCGCCCCCCGGGGAGGAGACCGCCGAGGCCGGCAGCGGCCCGGCCGCGACAGAAACGAGCCGGCAGUUUGGGAACGAGUCGAGCAAGCUUUUAGGUGAUGGCCAGGUGGACAACAGCCUCCUCAACAAUGGCGACAUGGAGCAGGCCAACUCCUACUACGACAAGAACAUGGCCCUCUUCGAGGAGGAGAUGGACACGAGGCCCAUGGUGUCGUCGCUCCUCAACCGUCUGGCGAACUACACGAACCUGCCGCAGGGCGCCCGCGAGCACGAGGAGGCCGAGAACAUGGACAAGCGCAAGGCCAUCAAGGCCCCCAAGAUGGGCACCUUCAUGGGCGUCUACCUGCCGUGCCUGCAGAACAUCUUUGGCGUGAUCCUCUUCCUGCGCCUCACCUGGGUGGUGGGCACCGCCGGCGUCCUGGAGGCCUUCGCCAUCGUCCUGCUGUGCUGCUGCUGCACGAUGCUCACGGCCAUCUCCAUGAGCGCCAUCGCGACCAACGGAGUCGUACCAGCCGGCGGCUCGUACUACAUGAUCUCGCGGGCGCUGGGCCCCGAGUUUGGCGGUGCCGUGGGCCUCUGUUUCUACCUGGGCACCACCUUCGCCGCCGCCAUGUACAUCCUGGGUGCCGUCGAGAUCCUGCUGUCGUACAUCGCCCCGGCGGCGGCGAUCUUCAGGGGCGACUCGCCGGCGGACAUGCUGAACAACAUGCGCGUGUACGGCACGUGCUUCCUCACCUUCAUGGCGCUCGUCGUCUUCGUGGGGGUCAAGUACGUCAACAAGUUCGCCAUGGUGUUCCUCGCCUGCGUCAUCAUCUCCAUCUUCUCCAUCUACGCCGGCGUCAUCAAGUCGGCCUUCGCGCCACCAGACUUCCCGGUGUGCAUGCUGGGCAACCGCGCACUAUCGCAGCGCACGUUCCACACGUGCGCCAAGACGGUGGAGGGCCCCAACGGCACGGAGACCACCGACCUGUGGGCGCUGUUCUGCGACUCUCCGCUGCUCAACGCCACGUGCGACAAGUUCUUCGAGCUCAACAACGUCUCCGAGAUCGCCGGCAUUCCCGGCGCGGCCAGCGGCAUCAUCAAAGACAACCUGUACCACAGGUACCAGCAGAAGGGGGAGCUGCUGGAGAAGAAGUCGGAGCACGACGCGGUGGAGACGUUGCCGCCCGGCGACAACCACCCCUACAUCUCCGCCGACAUCGCCACCUCCUUCAUGUUGCUCGUCGGCAUCUUCUUCCCGUCUGUCACCGGCAUCAUGGCCGGCUCCAACCGAUCGGGAGAUUUGAAAGACGGCCAGAAAUCCAUUCCCGUGGGGACCAUCUGUGCCAUUGCGACCACCUCCUUCGUGUACCUCACGUGCGUCGUGCUGUUCGGGGCCUGUGUGGAGGGCCUGGUGCUCCGCGACAAGUUUGGCGCGGCGGUGCACGGGAACCUGGUGGUGGGCACGCUGUCGUGGCCCUCGCCGUGGGUCAUCGUCAUCGGCUCAUUCUUUUCCACGUGCGGCGCCGGCCUCCAGAGCCUGACGGGCGCGCCGCGCCUCCUGCAGGCCAUCGCCAAGGACAACAUCAUCCCCUUCUUGCGGGUGUUUGGCCACGGCAAGGCGAACGGCGAGCCCACGUGGGCGUUGCUGCUCACGGCCGGGAUCGCCGAGCUCGGCAUCCUCAUCGCGUCGCUCGACAUGGUGGCACCCAUCCUGUCCAUGUUCUUCCUCAUGUGCUACAUGUUCGUGAACCUCGCCUGCGCCUUGCAGACGCUGCUGCGAACGCCCAACUGGCGCCCACGCUUCAAGUUCUACCACUGGACGCUGUCGUUCCUGGGCAUGAGCAUCUGCCUGGCGCUCAUGUUCAUCUCGUCGUGGUACUACGCCAUCGUCGCCAUGCUCAUCGCCGUGAUGAUCUACAAGUACAUCGAGUACCGCGGGGCGGAGAAGGAGUGGGGGGACGGGAUCCGGGGGUUGUCGCUGAGCGCCGCGCGCUUCGCUCUGCUGCGCCUUGAGGAGGGGCCCCCACACACCAAGAACUGGAGGCCCCAGCUGCUGGUGCUGCUCAAGCUGGACGAGGACCUGAACGUGAAGAACCCGCGCCUGCUCACCUUUGCGUCGCAGCUCAAGGCCGGCAAGGGCCUCACCAUCGUGGGCUCCGUCAUCGAGGGCAGUGUCCUCGAGACGUGCGGCGAGGGGCAGACCGCCGAGCACACGAUCAAGCGGAUGAUGGACAUCGAGAAGGUGAAGGGCUUCUGCCAGGUGGUGGUCUCCUCCAAGGUGCGCGACGGCAUCUGCCACCUCGUGCAGUCGAGCGGCCUCGGCGGCCUGCGGCCCAACGCCGUCGUCAUGGGGUGGCCCUUUGGCUGGCGGCAGAACGAGGACUCGCGCACGUGGAAGACCUUCAUCGAGACGGUGCGCAUCACCACGGCGGCCCACCACGCGCUGCUCGUGGCCAAGAACAUCGCGCUCUUCCCCGGCAACCAGGAGCGCUUCGCCGACGGCAGCAUCGACAUCUGGUGGAUCGUGCACGACGGGGGCAUGCUCAUGCUGCUGCCCUUCCUGCUGCGACACCACAAGGUGUGGAAGAAGUGCCGCAUGAGAAUCUUCACGGUGGCCCAGCUGGAGGACAACAGCAUCCAGAUGAAGAAGGACCUGGCCACCUUCCUCUACCACCUGCGCUUCGACGCCGAGAUCGAGGUCGUCGAGCUGAACGACAGUGACAUCUCGGCCUACACUUACGAGCGGACCCUGAUGAUGGAGCAGAGGACGCAGAUGCUGCACCAGAUGAGGCUGUCAAAGUCUGAGAGGCAGCGAGAGGCCCAGAUGGUGAAGGACCGCCACCUGCUGGCGCGCUCGGAGAGCAUCGUGUCGGAGGACGAGGAGCCGGAGGCGGCGACGGACGCGGUGCCGGGCCCCGAGCGCGUUCACAUGACCUGGACCAAGGAGCGCUACGAGCGAGCUCACCGGCACGCCGCCGCCGCCGCCGCCGCCACGGCGCAGCAGGGGCGCGCCCAGGACGGCGCCGGCGCCGGCGUGGGGACGCCCGACGGCUUCCGCGACCUCCUCAACAUUAAACCGACGCAGUCGAACGUGCGGCGCAUGCACACGGCGGUGAAGCUCAACGAGGUGAUCGUGAGCCGCUCGCACGACGCCCGCCUCGUCCUGCUCAACAUGCCCGGCCCGCCCAAGAACCCCGACGGGGAUGAGAAUUACAUGGAGUUCCUGGAGGUGCUUACCGAGGGACUGGAGCGAGUGCUGCUCGUCCGAGGCGGCGGUCGGGAGGUCAUCACCAUCUACUCGUGAGGUCGCGGGUCACGAGGUCUCGGGCGGGGUCACGAGGUCUUCGACGCCUUCCCCCCCGCCAUCUCCCGGCGCCGCCACGUUUCCCCCCCCCCCUCCCCCCUCCUCUUCCGCGACGCGUCUGCGCUCCGUCUCGUGUGUUUGGUACCGCGUCGUCGUAACGAGCUCUCGGCUUUAGGAUUUCGCUGCUUCUGCUGCGGCCGACGAUCCGCCGUCGAACGGUGGCUUUUCGAUUCCGGUUUUUUUUCUUCUCCCCCCCGAAACUCCGUGCCUGUGUUGGCGGUCGCCGACUCUGAGAAAGCCGUCCGCCCCAUCAGUUUGCCCGUCCGUUCGCGCGUCCGCACAGACGCGCGUCCGUUCGCGCGUCCGUCCGAAUCGGCGCGGCAGACACCGGGUCGGAUCUGACCGGGGCUCCUGUCUCUGCCAGGCCGCGGUACGUAUGUUGAACUGCUCUCGCACCGCCGUACGUAGCCAACCGUGCUAAUCGGAGGUGCGGGGGAAAGGCGACAACACUCGGCGCAAACCAUACCGGCCGCCGCUACUCGCCCGUCUUUCAACAGCGCCCCGCGCGAAAAUUGCUCUGUGAUCGAUUGGCGCGUGGGGGUCCUGUGGAUGGGGGGGGAGGGCGGUGUGUUGUUGUCCGAUCGUUGGCGUUGGUCUUGGUCUGGCUGGCCGGCCAGAUCCUGGGGGAGAGGGGCGUUAGCCUGACGAAGGGAAUGCUCUCUUUGUCGCUCGUCACACACAUGUAAAAAUACUUUUUAUUUCUGAGCUGCUGCGCGCACACGUCGCCCGCCCAGAUCCCCUACGUCGCUCGGCGUUCCGUCGCCGUGCGCCCGCGGGGGUCGCGGGGGUCGCGGGGGUCGCGGGGGUCGCGUGGGUCGCGGGGGUCGCGGGGGCUCUGCUAUGUGAAGCAGUUCGUUAGUCGCGGGCGCAACCAUCAGGUUUCUAAGAUAAUAAUAUAUAUUUUUAAAAAGUAACGACUGUGUAGUUCCUUGGUUAAGACGGCGCCAGUUCCGGCGUUGUUUGCGAUGCGCGGUGGGCGGCGGCGGCGGCGGCGGCGGCGGCGGCGGCGGCGGCGGCGGCGGGGGGGGGGCGGCUGGCAGAGUUUUCUUCGCGGCCGUCGCGAGCGCUCGUUGUUUCAGGCUCGGCUCACGACGUCCGCCUGCCGCCGCCGCCCGCCGCCGUACUUUGAUUCGUCCUUCCCAAAUGCUUUGUGCGGCAGUUUGUUUAAGCGGCGGCAAACCCACGAGCGACUCUCGCGUCGCAACGUGACGCGGCUGAUAGCUCGGCGUCAACUCCCAAAGGCGCGCGCCCUCCCAAACUCUCUACGUGCACUUCCCCUGCCCCCCCCCCAACGUUAUUUAUUUAUUGUUACGCCGCUCGAAGGUCUCGGAUGUUUUGAACGCCCCCGCGAUGUUCAGUGGCGUCCUCCCCGCGAGAGGCGGCCGCUCCCCUCGCCCGUCCCUCGGCUGCUGGAUGACUGAUUGGGGUGGACGGAGAUAUCACGAUAACAAAAAAAGCGAAAGGGGGGGGGGGGUGGCCCCUGUCGAUGUGCCGGACUCGGAAUCUCAAAAUCUCAAAAUCUUUACUUAGACCGCCGCAGGAGGAGGAAUCCGAUGAGCUGUGAAGCUUUUUUUCGCAGGUGCCGAGUAUGGGCUGGUCAGCGAGUCACGAAGACGUCUGCCUGGCGUCUGUUACGCUGACUCGGUGCUCCUGCUAGUGGAUGGUUGUCGGGGUUGGUAUCAGUUGCAGGCCUGGCUACGGCUGGUGUGAGAUUGGCUUGUAGGCUAGAGGCUAGGGUGUAGCGCCGGCGGCGGCGGCAGCAGCAGCAGCAUCAGGUUGGAGAGGGAUCAGGCCGCUGCUAUCGCCUGCACGGGCCUGCUGGCGUGGGCCCGCUGGCGUGGGCCUGCUGGCGUGGGCCUGCUGGCGUGGGCCUGCUGGCGUGGGCCUGCUGGCGUGGGUGUACGAUGGGGGGUUGGCACCAGUUGAGGGUCGGCCGUCUGUGUCAGCGCCGCGUAGCCCCACUUGGUUGCCGCCGCUGCCCAUGGCAACGCUCCCGCCGUCUUUUGCGAUCCGUCGUUUUCUCCACCUGCCCCCCGACCCGCCCCCCCCCACCCCCACGUUUGUUUUUGGUUUCUCACGGUGGCGACCUGCGGCGUUUUGUUUUUGUCGCGGCGUGCCGAGGAGGGAACCUCGCAAGCGGCUCCGGCCAAAGUGCGUUUACGCCGGACGCAAAAAGGGCACGGGGCAGGCGAGGGGAUCGCGAGCCUCCCGUUGCCAGUCGCACUUUCCAGCGUUGGCAAGUGGCCUUCUCAUUACUUAAGGGGGGUGAGGGGGGGGGGUGACCUGUCCGGCUGUGGGCUGGCCUCGCCCUCGUUGGGGAUCGUCGGCGGCGGUGCGGCGUUGCUGCUUGCGCGCCGCCGAUGCUCCGUGGAUUGCCGCCGGUCGAUUUGUAAAAGAAAUGAAGCCGCCGCUCCUGGCGCGCAGUUGAGCGGGGGCCGCGCCGCGCCGUGCCGACGAUCCCCGAGAAGGGCGAAACCUGCGCCACAAUCUGAACCGUGAGGCGCGGCCGCGGAGGGGUGGCGGGCGAGGUGGCCUCGGUUCGCGCGCUGUGCCACGAUUCCAGCGGCUCGUCACGCUCCGAUGUGGGAAGGCCGGUGGAGGCGCGCCGAGGGUUGUUGGAUCUCAGACGCGUUCGCGAUGCUCCCCCCCCCCCCCCCCGCAGCCGUGGGCGUCGGCCGCCAUCUCCUGGCUUGCCGCGGGCCCCGACUCGGCAGGCCUCGGUGCGAGCCUCGGGGGAGCCCCGACGGCCAGGACGGCACGCGCGGUAACCCCGGCACGCGCGGUAACCCCGGCGGACGCCCCGCCGCAGGCUCAGGUGGAUGCGCAGCGGGGUCGGCACUUAACCACGAACAAAAACGCACGAAGCUUGAAUGACGUCGGACUUGAGAUGUGAAAUGCUGCGCACUAAAGAGACGAAAGUGAAACGUCGGAGGGGUUUCCGAUUCGACGUCGGUGCACGUUUUAGGCUUUUCGAAGGCUUGGCGGAGUAAACCGGGAGCCCGAACUUUACCCCCCCCCCCGACCCCCGGCGGGUCUUGAUGCGGCCCACGUGACGACGACGACGUUACCCCCCCCCACCCCUCCACGCCCUCCGUCUGGACUCGAGUGAUUGGGAGCGUGCCGUUGCUCUCGCUGCGAUUCGUACACGCGCUGCGCUUCCUGUUGCGACCACGUUUUGUUCGUUGAAAAAGACGCCCCCCCCGCGGCCGCCGUUUUUGGACGGGGGGGUUUGUUCGCGGCCGUUUCGCGGCCGGUCUCGUCGGCGAACCGAACGUCCCCCAGCCUUCUCACCCGAGUGUAAUUAUUUUUUUUGUUUUCAAAUUUUUUUAAAAUUUUUUUGCCGCCGUCGGAGCUGCCACAGCACAACCGCCAAAAAACCUUCGCGGCAGAGUCCGCGGCCGGCCACAUCGCCAGCGACGGGGCCGGCUCGAGUUGGUUUUUUUUGGGCCGUUUUGUCGGCACGCGUGUCCGGCCCGUGCAGCGUAGUUGCCCCGCUUGCUGUGCGCCCUGCGUUGCUGCGCAAAGGGAUGGGCUUUGGCGGCGCUGCUGGUCGCGACGUUUAGUGAACCGGGCAUUUAUUUUUUUUGCGGCUUGCAACGCCAGCCGCGAUGUUAUGGGCAGUGGGG